GGACUUUUAAACACCAAGCGCCGAUACUUUCGAAUCGUGCCACUGGAACUGGACUGCACUGCAUUGGAAACCACGAAUACUUGACGCAACUGACAAAAUCCCGUCUAUAAGAAAUAUUUGUAGAGGCUUCUAAGCAGACAGGCAGCCUUCUUGUGAUUUGUUAUUGGUAAAUUGCAAGGAUGCUGACAGGCCUCAAGGGCGUGAAGUACGGGCUGCAGCCUGGUGCAAAACCAAAAACCAAACCUGCUUUGCGAAAGCCCAUCAACGUCUUUGGGGAUGAUGAUGACGAUGGUACCAUCGGACAGGACAUUGCCAGACAUGCAGAGAAAAAGCUGAAUGACAAGAAGGUGACACAGAUGCAUGCAGCAGCACUUGCAGAGGACGCGUCAGUGUUUGACUAUGACGGCGUCUAUGACAGCAUACAGGAAGCCAGGGUGCAGCCGCGGCAGCAGGAGAAGCUGGCGCGCAAGUCGCGCUACAUUGAGGGCCUCCUUGAUAAGGCCAAGGAGCGCGAGAGGGAGCAGGACAUCAUUUACGAGCGCACGCUGCUGAAGGAGCGCGCUGCGGAAGACCACCUCUUUGGCGACAAGGACAAGUUUGUCACGGCCGCGUACAAGAAGAAGCUGGAGGAGGACCAGAAGUGGCUGGCCGCCGAGCGCAUCCGCGAAGCGCGCGAUGCAAAGGCCGACGUUGUCAAGGCCGGCCACAUGGGCAACUUCUACAGGAAUGUCAUGACCAACAACGCCGCCUUCGGGACGGCGCAGCCGGCACCGGCCGCUCCCGGGCGGCCGGCCGCCGCUUCGGAGCCUGCCGCAGGAGAGGGAACGCCUGCUGCGGACCCAUCCUUCGAGGCUGCACGCCGCGCCAGAGAGGCAUACGAAGCUGCCAAGGAGCGCGGAGGGGCGGCCGCUUCUGCCAGUGCACCACAGCAGCCGCAGGCAGACAGCAGCCGGCAGGAAACGGGUAGCGGGCGAUUCGAAGCGGGUGGUGAAAAGAGGGAAAAGGGUGCAGCGAGCAGAGAGAGGGACACAGCGGAGCCUUCAAGCAGGGACGAUGGGGCCAGAGGUGUCAGUGGUGCUGCGAGGGAUGAGGGAAAGCUGGAGAAGGAAGCAGCAGGGGGCGUGCAGGGUAAAGGUGAUGAAGCGCCUGCUGCGGCUGAAGCGGCAGCUGCCGAGAAGCCGCCGGAGGAGGACAAGGAAGCCAAGGCGGCAGCUGCGCGGGAGCGCUUCCUUGCUCGCAAGCGCAAGGCGCCGCCCGCAUGA